UGAUCAUGUCGCCCGUGAUAAGCGAGGCCCUCUUAUCCGGUUUCCCGAUAACCUCCACCACCCUCAGCCGCUGCACUCACUCUCUUCAAUCUUUUUCUGUCGUGUUUCUCUAUUGGUUUUACGUCUUCUCAUGAAAACCAACACCUUUUUCUAGUUUUAUCACGUACCCAGUAAAAUCCCACUCGUAACAAAUAAGCUAUUGAUAGGGUCUGAAAAGGGUGGCAUAAAUACACGUAUAUAUUCAUUUGUUAAGUUUUUAAGUGAUCACCAUGGUAGUUUGUGAUGUGCCAAAGUUUAUCGAGCCAACUCAGUUCCUAUUGUCAAGUUCAGAUGAUCAUCAAGAUUCAACCUUGAGGAAGCGAAAAAGAAUGAUAUCGAACAGGGAAUCCGCUAGGAGAUCGAGAAUACGCAAAAAGAAACAUUUGGGUGAUCUUGUGUUGCAAGUGAGUCAACUCGUGAGUGACAACAAACACAUGGCCAUCAACUUGAAAGAUACAACUCAGAUGUACCUCAAUUUGGAGUAUGAGAACUCGAUUCUUAGAACUCAGUUAGCUGAGUUGACUCACCGAUUAGAGUCACUUACCAACAUCAUCAAUGGGUUCAGCUCACUUAGUGACAACUAUGGAAUUGAAGCAUCUAUAAUGUGGGGAAUGGAUGAUGCAUUGUUGGUUCAUUGUGAUAAUAUGUUGCAUGACAAUGAACAUUUUAUGGUUGAAAUGUUCUUGAAUUAAUCAAACUCUAAAUUGUACUUGUCUUUUCGUUAUUGUUAUCGAAAUGUUUUGGAUUU